CCCCUACCCCCCUGGUCUCCCUACCCUGAAGGGUUAUCAGGUAGACACCUAUAUACCUACCAAGGUUCAUAUAACAUAACCUUGGAAGUGAUACAAGUUUCGAUCAAGACCAUGUCGUCGUCAUCCGCUACUACCCCUUACUUCGCACCGCGAUACGUGAUAGCAUCCGUUGCAGUCUCGCUAGGCGGUCUGCUCAAUGGCUACGACACCGGGUCUAUCGGCGCCAUAACCCACAUGCCUCAGUUCACCGAGUCCCUGGGACAGCUAUCGCCAACGAUGCUAGGUAUAACCGUGUCGAUGAUCAUGUUGACAGGCACGCUGCCAUCCAUGUUCGCCGGUCACUUUGCAGACAAGUACGGCCGAAUUUCCGCCAUUAUUCCCGGCGCGCUUUUCUUCGGCACGGGCGCACUCGUGCAGGGGCUCUCCCACAGCCUGGGCCAGUUCAUCGCCGGCCGAGCGAUCGCGGGGUUCGGCCAGGGCAUCUUCCUCAGCAACAUCUCCGUCUACAUCUGCGAGAUCGCGCCGCUCAGGUACCGCGGCACGCUGACGGGGCUGCCCCAGUUCAUGGCCACGGCCGGCGUCUGCUUCGGCUACUUCACCUGCUACGGCACCGUCAACAUCCAGUCGGACAUGGCGUGGCGCGUGCCGUAUAUCCUGCAGUGCGUCUUCUCCUCCGUCCUCGCGUGGGGCUGCCUGCUGCUCCCGGAUUCUCCCAGGUGGCUCAUGCUGCAGGGGAGGCAGGCUGACGCCCGCGCGGCGCUGGAGCGGCUCGACUGCAAUAUGGUGGAGGCUGAGCGGGACUUCCUCAUGAGCACUGAGCAGACGCUGAGCCUGUCGCUGUGGCAGAGCUUCUCGCUGUUGUUCCGACGAGGAUAUCGCGCGCGCACUAUAUUGGCUUUAUUUAUCCUGGGCAUGGCCCAGCUGUCUGGUAUUGAUGCCGUGGUUUACUAUGCCCCCGUCCUCUUCGAACAAGCCGGCCUAUCAACCGACAACGCCUCCUUCCUCGCCUCCGGCCUCUCCUCCAUCCUCAUGCUCGCCAUCUCCAUCCCCGCCUUCCUGCUCGCCGACAAAUGGGGCCGCCGCACCUCCGCCAUCAGCGGCGGCCUCACGCUCUCCAGCUGCAUGUUCCUCAUGGGCGGCCUGUACGCGGCGGGCGUCGUGCACCCGUACGGGGUCGCGCGCUGGCUGGUCAUCGUCGCCGUGUUCGUCUUCGGGCUCACGUACUGCGCGACCUGGGGCAUCGUCGGCAAGAUCUACGCCAGCGAGAUCCAGCCGGGGCACACGCGCGCCGCGGCGAACUGCGUCGCGAUGGGCCUGUGCUUCGCCACGAACUUCCUCGUCGCGCUGCUCACGCCCGUGCUCCUGCAGGCAUCCGCGUUUGGUAUCUAUUUUCUGUUUGGCGCGCUGGCGCUGGGCACGGUGGGGGUACUCGCGGCGUAUAUGCCCGAGACGAGGGGACGGUCGCUGGAGAAUAUCCAGGAGGCGUUCCAUAGGCCGAUGCUGCUGAGUGGCCUGGGGCAUCUACUGGGGCGAAGGGGUCGCGGGGGGAGAAGAGGGGUCCCGCACCCUCAUGAGCUGGCGGUGGCGGGAGAGGAGGUCGAGUUGGAGCUUAGCGAGGCGUCGACGGAGGUCGUGGCGGCUAGUGCUGUCUCGGUUGAUGCCGUGCCUAGGUCUUUGAGACUCGAUGUUUCGGUGUAUGUAUCCAGGUAUCUGAGGCAGGUAUUGAGUCGGUAAUGCUUAGGGGUCUUGAGGCAAUCACCUCGACACAGCAAGCAAUUGUCACCCAGCUGAAAAGGUUGGUAACCCAAGUGUAUAAAGUACCUUCAUUCCAUGUUACUAUCAAGACUCUGUACUUAGAUUUCUAGGUAUCUACAUGACCAUA